AUGGCGGCUCGGCGAGGCAACGGUGGUGGUGCAAAUCACAUUCAGCCGGCUGAGGACUUCUCAAGUCCUUAUUACCUACAUCCAAGCGAUAAUCCUGGACAUCAAUUGGUGUCUCAGGAAAUCUGGGUGGAUCUACGCUAUCGUUUCUCACAAUGCGAUUCAGCUCGCAUAUACCAGCUCAAACAGAGAAUUAUGUCUCUGACUCAGGGUGAUGAUGACAUAAAUGGAUACUUCACCAAUCUUCGAAUCGUUUGGGAUGAGUACAAGCACACUCAACCUAUCUCAUGGUGUAUUCGAUCGCACAUAUUGUCAAUGGUGCCUCUUCCUAAUCUAUCUAAAGCUUUCUCAUUGGUUCUACAAGAAGAGAGACAACGCACCAUAGGGGGGAUUGAUUCCUCAAGGUACAAUCAAGUACUGCCACCAUCUUCGAGUGAGCAGCCUUAUUCAACCAAUGCAGCUGCUUCAUCCUAUUAUAAUCGAGGAAGAGUUUGUUCUCAUUGUGGAAAAACAAACCGCACAGUUGACAAGUGUUUCUCUCUACACGGUUAUCCACCUAGCUUUGGAAAAGGAAAGUUCAAACAAAGCUCUAAUUCGAGAGACUAUUCCUCUCCAAAGUCUGUGAAUUUUGUUGAUAACAGCAUCACUGAUUCAAAUGACAAAGUUUCAGUUCCAUCAUCAAUGCCUACUUUUGAUCAAUGCCAGCAGCUGAUAACUCUCUUGCAAAGUCAGCUUGCCACUGGAUCUCUUUCCAUUCCUACUUCAGCCGCACCACAAAAUUCAUCUCCUAUACAGUCUCCAUCUCCACCAUUCACAGUUAGACUUCCUAAUGGAUCCACAGUCCCCAUAAUUCAUAUUGGAACCAUAUGCCUGACACCUACCAUCACACUUCAUUCUGUAUUGGAGCCUUCUCAGGCCAUUGUGAUUGGGAAUGGUAGAAGAUUGGGAAACUUAUACACUCUAGAUGUGAAUUCUAAGCAAGAUGGACCCCAAGCUCCUUUUGCUUCAACUUCCAGCCACACAUCUUUGCAUGUUUCCCAUUCGACUUUUGUCAAUUCUGUUGUAAACAUCGAUGUUUAG